GCGCCUCAGUCAGAGCGAGAAAGUGCUGGGGCGGCGGGGUUACGGCUGCUCCGCCCGAAACUUCUGAGUAACAUCAACAGGGGGAGGGGAGGGCGGGCGGCGGUGGAGGAGGAGGAGGAAGGUGGUGGUGGGGGGAAGGUUAGCCAGCAGCGCAGCCCUAUCCGCCUCUCCCUCACAAACCAGCCUGUGUUGGGCUGAGCAGGCCCCUCACACAAAGGAGGGCAGGGCAGGCAGGGCUGCCCCCCCUUCCCCCCCGCCUCGGCAGAGGGGCAGCGGGGAGGCGCCCUUCCCCGUGCACAGCACUCACAGCCACUUACUCCUCUCCCGUCCCCCGUCUUCUCUCUCUCCCCCUUUCCCCCCCACCCCGCCCAACGGUUCUCCCUUCAGCCCCCCGCCCGCUGUCCAUGUAGCCGCCCGGCCGCCGGCCCCUCCGCACUAUGCCCAUCUUACUCUUCCUGAUAGACACGUCCGCCUCCAUGAACCAGCGCACCCAUCUGGGCACCACCUAUCUGGACAUAGCCAAAGGCGCUGUAGAGACUUUCAUGAAGCUCCGAGCCCGGGACCCGGCCAGCAGGGGAGACAGGUACAUGCUGGUCACUUUCGAGGAGCCUCCCUACGCUAUCAAGGCUGGCUGGAAGGAAAACCAUGCAACGUUUAUGAAUGAACUGAAGAACCUUCAAGCUGAAGGACUUACGACUCUUGGCCAGUCCCUAAGGACAGCUUUUGAUUUAUUAAACUUAAAUAGAUUAGUAACUGGCAUAGACAACUAUGGGCAGGGUCGAAACCCUUUUUUUCUGGAGCCAGCAAUAAUUAUUACAGUUACUGAUGGAAGUAAAUUAACCACUACCAGUGGGAUACAGGAAGAGCUCCAUUUACCUCUCAAUUCCCCUUUACCUGGAAGUGAGUUGACUAAGGAACCCUUUCGAUGGGAUCAGAGGUUGUUUGCUUUGGUUCUUCGUUUGCCUGGUAUUACAGCACCAGAAUCGGAGCAAAUGACAGGAGUACCAGUGGAUGACUCUGCAAUCACACCUAUGUGUGAAGUCACAGGAGGUCGAUCAUAUUGUGUGUGCUCUCCAAGAAUGCUGAAUCAGUGUCUUGAGUCGCUGGUGCAAAAAGUGCAAAGUGGAGUGGUAAUAAACUUUGAAAAAGCUGGACCGGAUCCCUCACCAAUUGAUGAUGGGCAGGUGGAGAUAUCUAGACCCUUUGGACCCCAACCUUGGCACAGCUGUCACAAACUUAUUUAUGUCAGACCAAACCCUAAAACUGGGGUUCCUAUAGGUCACUGGCCUGUUCCUGAAUCCUUUUGGCCAGAUCAGAAUUCUCCAACGCUGCCACCUCGCACAUCUCAUCCUGUGGUGAAAUUUUCCUGUACUGACUGUGAACCAAUGGUCAUUGACAAACUGCCUUUUGAUAAAUAUGAAUUAGAACCUUCACCAUUGACCCAGUUUAUCCUGGAAAGAAAAUCUCCUCAGACCUGCUGGCAGGUAUAUGUGAGCAAUAGUGCAAAGUACAGUGAACUUGGUCAUCCUUUUGGUUACUUGAAAGCGAGUACAGCACUGAAUUGUGUGAAUUUAUUUGUGAUGCCUUACAAUUAUCCAGUCCUCCUUCCACUGCUAGAUGACUUGUUUAAAGUACACAAGGCAAAGCCUACAUUGAAAUGGCGUCAGUCAUUUGAAAGCUAUUUGAAGACAAUGCCUCCUUAUUAUCUUGGGCCUUUGAAGAAAGCUGUGAGAAUGAUGGGAGCACCAAACCUUAUAGCUGACAAUGUGGAAUAUGGACUUAGUUACAGUGUCAUUUCAUAUCUCAAAAAGUUGAGUCAGCAGGAUUUGAAACCUCAGACUUUUAGAAAUGCUUAUGACAUACCCAGAAGAAAUCUUUUGGAUCAGUUAACACGAAUGAGAUCUAAUUUACUGAAGAGUACUCGCAAGUUCCUGAAAGGACAAGAUGAAGAUCAAGUUCACAGCAUACCUAUAGCACAAAUGGGAAACUACCAGGAGUAUCUAAAACAAAUACCUUCUCCACUCCGAGAACUUGAUCCUGAUCAACCACGAAGGCUUCAUACAUUUGGCAAUCCAUUCAAAUUGGACAAAAAGGGAAUGAUGAUAGAUGAAGCAGAUGAAUUUGUAUCAGGACCUCAGAAUAAACAUAAAAGACCUGGAGAACCAAAUAUGCAGGGGAUUCCAAAAAGACGACGCUGUAUGUCCCCCCUGCUCAGAGGCCGACCACAAACUCCUCCGGUUGUGAAUAACCACAUUGGAGGAAAAGGGCCACCAACACCAAUUGCACAAGCACAGCCUGACCUUGUUAAACCUAUUGCUAUUCACAAAACAUCAGAAACAAAUAAUGAAGUUGCAGUUGAUGAUGUCAUUGAGAAUCAUGUUACAGGCCCACUUUCAUCAGAUGUUUUCCCAAAUUCUGCGGAUUCGGAGUUUUCACUGUCUUCUUCGCCAUUCAAUUCUUUGGAUCGACCAACAGCUCAUACAGACGAUGUGGUCCGUGAGCAUUUAGGGAAUAAUUUGAAUGUUGAUGGGUUUUUGGAGAAUCAUGAGGAAUCAGGUAGUAAAGAACAAAGUACUGAAGAGAACUUGCCAAUGUCUUCGCCCAGCAAAGGGAAAAAACCAGUUCAUUGCAGAAGUUCCAGAGAGAUCAAUAUAGACCUAAGAGCACAAAUUAUGAAAGAGAUCCGAAAACCAGGAAGGAAAUAUGAAAGAAUCUUCUUUUUACUGAAACAUGUACAAGGAAGCUUACAAACCCGAUUGAUAUUUUUACAAAAUGUUAUUAAAGAAGCUUCAAGGUUUAAAAAACGGAUGCUAAUAGAACAGCUUGAGAGUUUUCUGGAAGAAAUCCAUCGCAGAUCCAAUCAGGUCAACCAUAUCAACAGCAGCUAAGAAACUGCACACAAGAGAAAGCCACAGCAGGGCACUGCUGUCCUUAAUUGCAUUCAUUUUUGACAUGCACUCUUAUCUCCAAGUUCCUGUACCUGAAAGAAUGAGCUGCUCUAUAAAAUGAUGAGAAGAGUAUCCAUCAUCUUUCUUUUUUUUUCUUCACUUCUGUUAUUUUUGUAAUGUGAAAAAUACUACGAAAACACUUUUAUUUAACUAAAUGGAGAACUUCUUGCUUGUCAUGGACAUAAGUGUCACUUUCCCUCAGGUUCUAUUUUUCUUAAUCCAACCUUCAAAACUAUCACCUCUUAAGGUUGAACUUUGCCAAAAAGUUGCUUUGUAAUUUUCAAAAAAAAAAAGCACAUACAUUAAGCAAGGUAAUGUUUUGUAUAUACAGUUAUUUUGGAUAUAUUAUUGUAAGUUGUAUAAAUGUAUUUUGAAAAAUAUUUAAGAAAAGCACUUUUGUUAUUCCAUCAAUAAAAUCUCUAUUUUAAUCUUUGUGUA